AUGUCGGUCCUUUUCACGAGCAUUUCAGAAAACAACCCCGUCAAGCCUGGGGAUGCUGAAGCCCUGAUCCAGCCCCUGGGUCUCACUAUCGACCCCAGCGAGUCGAGUGAUUUCCACACCUUGCUCGCAGCUGUGCAUGACUGUGCUGAGGGUGUGGCGGCCCUGCCUGAUUAUCAACCACUAUCUGGUCAGGCCAAAUACCCACGCGAGAAUGUCCGUCGGUGUGGAAAUGACGAGCAGGUUCUGGGGCAGGCAUGGUCCCAUAAGUUUCUGAUUCGGGGAAACUCCCAAGGCGGCGCCAUGGCGGGGAAAUCAGUGAGCUUGAAAGAUGUCAUUGCGGUGGCCGGGGUGCCUCAGCUACUCGGAAGUGAUAUCACGCCUGCCUGGACGCCGAAAACUGAUGCAACCGUCGUGACCCGAUUGCUGGACGCCGGUGCCAAUAUUCAUGGGACUUCUACGUGCGAAAACUAUUGCCACUCCACCUCUUCCUAUACUAGUGCCCAGGGCACGGUGGAGAAUCCCCAUGCGGCAGGCUAUUCCGCAGGAGGGAGCACAUCUGGCGGCGCUGCCUUAGUGUCAGCUGGCUUGGUCGAUGUCACUAUUGGUGGCGACCAAGGUGGAAGUAUUCGGGUCCCUGCAGCUUUGUGUGGAUGUGUUGGCCUCAAGCCUACUCAUGGCCGGGUUCCUUACACAGGGAUUUCGAGCGGCGAUGCCUUGGUUGACCAUGCUGGCCCUCUCGCUCGCUCGACUCUCGAAGUUGCUACAUGUUUAGAUGUCAUCAGUGGUUAUGAUGGCAUUGACGACCGAUCACUGGCAAGCCCGAAGCCGGGCUCAACCAAAUUCGCAGCAGCACUCCAUGAAAGUUCACAAAGACUCGAUGGUCUCAAGAUUGGUAUCCUCAAGGAAGGGUUCGAGCACAGUGCAGUGGAUUCCAGUGUCCGGAAAUCUGUGACCAUUGCCGCCAAAAAGUUUGAAGACCUUGGUUCAGUCGUGGAGGAAGUAUCACUGCCAGACCAUUAUCACGGGCCAGCACUUUGGACUAUACUUUCGCGAAUCGCAGGUGCUCAAACACUUCUCGGUCACAACACUGGGCGACGGGGCCUAUCUAUGACUGAGGCCGAGCAGAGCAGACUGCCUUGGAGCGACGAGGGUUUCCAACGUGCCUUCCCGUCAACGAAAAAUGUCAUUAUCAAUGGGCUCUAUCUGAUGUCCCGCUUCCCGAAUAUCUAUGGCAAGACGGUGAACAUUGGUCGACAAGUAAGUGAUAAGUAUCAAGAAUUGUUUGAGAAAUACGAUGCGAUCGUCAUGCCUACGACUCCUGUUGUUGCUCCAAGGCACGGAAACUGGGGUCUUCCGUUGGAAUCGCUCAAACCCAGCAUGGGCUUGACAAUCAACACUGCCGUCUUUAAUGUGACGGGUCACCCAGCCAUGUCGAUUCCUAUUGGAUUUGCAGCGGCCAAGGAUGAUGACCAAGUCAUGUUGCCCGUCGGCAUGCAGAUUGUCGGGGGCUUGUGGCAGGAGGAGAAGAUAUUGCAGGUUGGUUAUGCAUGGGAAAAUAACUUCGACUGGAAGAAGAUGCAGUAUUCAACGGACAAGAACUAG